AUGGCGGAGAGCAACCCGCAGGAGUGCGGCAACGUCGCCUGGGCGUUCGCCACCCUGCGCCGGCGUGAUCGGCCGCUGUUCGACGCGAUUGCCGCCCCUGCGCUCUCGAAGAUGGCGCAGUUUAGCCCGCAGAACUUGGCGAACACGGCCUGGGCUUGGGCCGCCCUGUGCUUCGACCACGCUCCUCUACGUGCCGCCCUUUCGUCUGCUGCAAUGCAACGGCUGGAGCUGUUCGGAACGCACGAGCUCGCGAGCACGGCGUGGUCAUUCGCCACGGUCGCCGACGCCGACGCGCCCCUCUUGCACUGUAUCGCCACCGAGGCGCUCGUUAAGAUCUGCCAGUUUGCGCCCCAGGCGAUUGGCAAUAUUUUUUGGUCGUUCUCUACAUUAAGCUACUACCACGAGCCCCUGUUAGACGGUAUAGUGUAUGCUGCUCGUGCCCGCACCCACUUGUUCAAGUCCCAGGAGCUGGCUAACACCGUGUGGUCGCUAGCUGUCUUUCGCGUCCAGGACUAUCCUCUGCUGGAAGCCAUCGCGGUGGCUGCAAUCUGCAGCAUCAGGCGGUUCCGGCAGCAGGAGUUGGCCAACACCGCGUGGGCGUUCGCUAAGCUGCUAUUCCCGCACCUGCCGCUGCUGGACGCAAUCGCCGCCGCUGCCGCGCCGAGCAUCCUGGACUGGGGGCCGCAAGAGCUGGCCAACACGGCGUGGGCCUUCGCGAGACUCCGCGCACUGGACGCGCCGCUGCUGCAGGCGAUCCCUUCCGCGUUCCUGGCCCGCCUGGCGGAGAGGCAGCCUGGCAGCUCCAGGGUCCUGCCGCGCCACGUUGAGAUGGUCACGUGGGCGCUGUCGCGGCAGAGCGACCUGGCGCCGGCGUGGACCUUCCUGGACGGGCUGGAGGGCGCCGGGUGGCGAGUCGGGAGCCAGGCCGUCGCGGGGCUGCUGGGCGAGUGCGAGCGGCGAGGGCUCCCGCAGCGGCAGCGGCAGCUGCUGCACCUGCUGGCCCGGAGCGCGGCCCUCGCCGCCCCCGCGCGGGCGGGCGCCGUGGCACUGCCGCGGCCACCUGCUGGGUGCCUCGGCCCAGGCGGCGCUCCGGGCAGUCCGUUCGGCGUGCUCCGGGGGGCCUGUCUCGGCGGCCCGCUGGGCCCCCUGCCGCCGUCGGUCGCCCGGGGCCUGCUGGCGCAGCCGCCCGGCACAGGCCGCGAGCACGAGAAGGAGGCCCGCCUCCUGGCCUUCGUCCUGUCCACGGCGCCACCCGGCCGCCCAGAGGCCAUCUGCGAGGCCAUCGAGCCUUCGGGUACGGCAACCUGUCCCGCCCGCACGGGGGCGAGGGCGGCCGGGCCCCCUCCGCGGGCCAGUGGCUGA